AUGAGUGAAACACCAAACAAUUCAAAAAUAAGAUUCAAUGACAAGGUCACAAACAUCAAUGUUGGUGGCGAAGCUGGAGGCAUAUUAGAAGAAGCUGUGCACAAGGCUUUGAAGCAACAACAACAAUGUGGUUGCUCUGCUAGCAGCGAUGAAAAUUCAAAAUCAUGUAAUAAUAGUAACUGUAAUAAUAGCGCAAGCGGCGCAGUCGUUCAAGACGGAUGUAAUAACAAUAAUAAUAAUAGUAAUACCAACAAUGCCUCUUCUUCAUCUGUAAAUGGUGGUCAAUCGGCAACACAAGCAAAUAAUCAAAGAGUUAGAGAAGGUUCCAAAUCCAAUGGAUCAAACAACGCAAACGUCAGUGGAAUCAGUAAAGAUUCUAUUCUUUCAUCGAUUCCAAAAGACACUAUGGAGAAAAUCAAAGAAUGGAAAGUAAAAUAUGCCUUUAUUACUAAAGGGGCAAAGUUGGUAUCUACAUCCAAACAACAUAAAUUCAAAACUCCAGUUUCAAUUGGUGAAGCUGCUUAUUUUUUGGCUGAAUCACAAGUUAAAGAUUCAACAUUGGUAUUUUCAAAUGAUAAUAGUCUUAUAUUUUCAGAUGGAAUUUUUGUUGAUCUUGAUUUAAUAGAUGAUGAUGAUGAUUAA